AGCGUCUGUGAUCAGACAUGGAUUGCGGCGCCACCAACGCCACUGACGAGCUGACGGAGAGCGCCGCCGCCUUCUUGUUCAGGGACGGUUCGCGAUUUUGGAUACAGCAAGUCAUACAGCCGGCGGUGGUCUUUGUGGGGGUCCUGGGGAAUUUCGUGACCAUCGUGGUGCUGACUCGCCGCCGUAUGUCCUCGUCCACCAAUACCUACCUUACGGCACUCGCUGUCACCGACCUCGUCUACCUCGUGUGCAUGUACGCGCUGUCCUUCGAGAAUCGGGCCGACCUCCAGACCGCCGACUACCUUUGGUACUGGCAGAAUUGGAAGUACUUCGUGUGGAUUGUCGACUGCACAAUGGGCAUAUCGGUCUGGCUGACAGCCGCGUUCACGUUCGAACGAUACAUUGCUGUGUGUCACCCUCUGCGGGGGCGUGUCUUCUGCACUGAGUCCAGAGCCCGACGGUUUAUCGUCACCAUCUACAUCCUGUGUCUCCUGCUCACCAGCACCACUCCCUUCGAGUGGAGCGUGGAGGAAAAGGAUGGUGUGGUCUGCAAGAAGAUGACGCCGCUAGGAUUAGACCCCAUGUACCGCACGGUCUUCUACUGGAGCUGGGCUACGCUGUUUGUCUUCGUGCCCCUCAUCGUUAUCUCCAUCUUCAACACAUUCCUGAUAGAAGCCGUACACCGCAGUAAACGGCAGAGAAGUGGACUCACGCAGCAAGUAGAACCUCGAGAUUGUGCCAACAGCAGCAGACAACGACAAGAGAACAAGAUCACGACAACACUGAUAGCCGUAGUCAUACUCUUCAUCAUCUGCCAAACUCCUGCCGCAGUCAUGCUUGUCGUUUACCUCUUCUAUAAUCCUGACAAGAAUAGUCCAUCAGGAGCCAUCAUGCUUGGCCUAGGUAACAUCUUCAACUUCCUGACGACGGUGAACGCCUCCAGCAACUUCCUGCUGUACUGCGUGAUGAGCGACAAGUACCGACGUACGCUACUGUUGACGUUCUGUCCCUGCUUAGCCACUAGACACCAGCGGUCUCAUACGUUCACCAGCUACUACGCCAGCCACCACAACUCUUCUGUCCGCUUCAACUCCCCCAACACGCUCAACACGUAGCAUCAGGAGACCUUCUAGACGCUGUGCUGUACAUACCGUUCUGUGUCACUCUGAAUCUGUGGUGCUCCUGUUGUAUGGUUCAUGUAGAGUCAAACCAUGGGUGCUUAAAGUAUUGCCAGUCAAUAUGGUGAGAUUUUCAAAAAGCCAGAAUUUAAAAAAUAAAAAUUUAUUUAAAAUUAUUAAAAUUAAAUAUUACAUAAUGAUUGCCAGAAGCAUUGAAGUAAUUAAAUUUUGAACAAAUCCUAAAUGAUCCCAUGAAAUUAUCCAAUGAUACCUUUGUGAUCUAUCAAGCAAUUAAAAAUUUCCAAUCAGCUGGAGUUGAUUCGUUAGAUACUUGUUUACGUAGUCAGACACUAAAUUCAAACCACCGAAAAAAAAUGCACUAGUCAAACCACCACCAAUGGCGCAGUGUAGCGGGUACGGCGGUUAUCGCAAGAUAACCAGAUCAAGCAACGUCGAGCGUGGCCGCUGCUUGGAUAGGUGGCCGCUGAGUG